AUCGUGCCGUAUCGUGUCGCCACCCCUGCCCUCGACAACGUCGUUGUUCAAUUUAGACACCCUGACGCUGGCGAUAGACUCUUGCAAGCUCUUAUAUUGUCAAGACUGAGGAUCAUCUUCUCAUUGCAAGGUUUCCGAGUGGUCGUAAGGGUGAUUGCCACUGAGGGUGUUGCGCAACAUGAACCCCGGCGAAUUGUUAUCACAGUCAGAAAACAUCCUUCAAUCUCCGGUGGAAGAAAAUGCGCCCUCCAGCGAAAACCAGAAUCUUUCGCAAAGCUCCCUCAAGUCCAUCUUUGGCCCAUGUGAGGUCCCCGAGGAUACUACUGAUGGGGAACCCGAUGGUCAUCAGCACGCGCCCCACACUUUCCGCAACGUAACAGCAACAUCCGCAAAACUAGCCGACGAAAGUGUUGCGCCGUUCCUCGCGAAACACAUCCCCAAGCAAUACGCCCCUCUAGGAUCGCGAACCAUCGAGACAGAAGCCGCAGACAUCAGCGGUCCAAAUUCGAAGUACUGUUAUCGCCAUCGACCAGAACUUAAAUGCCGUCGUCAAGCGGACGAGCCAUCCAUGGAUAAAUUACAACGGGAUCUGGAGACUCUCCCUCAGAGUGACCAGCAGGGCAUUGCCCAUGUUUGGUCGCUCUUCUCGGCCGCCCCCGCAAAACAUCGAAAACUUAUCCUGCAAGGAAUCAUGGCCCAGUGCUGUUUUCCCCAGCUGUCGUUCGUGUCAGCAACGGUGCGCGAACUUAUUAGGAUCGAUUUCCUCACCGCCCUUCCCCCGGAGAUCUCGUUCAAAAUCCUUUGUUACCUCGACACGACAUCCCUCUGCAAGGCGUCUCAGGUAUCGAGAAGCUGGAGAGCCCUGGCGGAUGACGACGUGGUUUGGCAUCGGAUGUGCGAACAACAUAUUCACCGCAAAUGCAAGAAAUGCGGUUGGGGGCUCCCACUUCUGGACCGUAAACGGCUGCGUGAGUCGAAGCGGGAGAUCGAAUUGCGGGCAACAACAUGGAACGUCAACAUUGCAUCCUCGAACCCCACGCCCGGUCGCGAACAGAGUAUGGAGGCUGGACCCGUGGUUGAGAGUUCCGGUCCUAUCAAGAGAAAAUCUGGGGCGAGUGAUGACGAGGAAACGGCAAUGGUAAAACGGCAUUGUUCGUCCUUGAGUCCUCGUCCAGGAGUGGAUGCCGAUUUUUUCAAACCCCGAUUUCGACCUUGGAAGGAGGUUUACAAGGACCGUUUCAAGGUGGGAACCAACUGGAAGUACGGGCGGUGCUCGAUCAAGACUUUCAAAGGUCACACCAACGGUGUCAUGUGUCUGCAAUUUGAGGACAACAUCCUGGCGACCGGGUCCUACGAUGCGACCAUCAAGAUCUGGGAUACAGAAACAGGGGAAGAGUUGCGUACACUCCGUGGGCACGAAUCGGGGAUCCGUUGUCUGCAGUUUGAUGAUACGAAGUUGAUCAGCGGCAGCAUGGAUCGCAGCCUCAAGGUUUGGAACUGGCGAACGGGCGAAUGCAUCUCCACAUACACUGGUCACCGUGGUGGUGUCAUUGGGCUGCAUUUCGACGCGUCCAUUCUCGCUUCUGCUUCGGUUGAUAAGACUAUCAAAAUCUGGAAUUUUGAGGACAAGUCGACCUGUUUGUUGCGCGGGCAUACGGACUGGGUCAAUGCUGUCAGAGUGGACACCGUUUCUCGCACGGUAUUCUCUGCCUCGGAUGACUGCACGGUACGCCUGUGGGACCUGGACACCAAGACUUGCAUUAGAACUUUCCAUGGCCACGUUGGACAGGUCCAACAGGUUGUACCACUGCCGCGGGAAUUUGAAUUUGAAGAGCACGAUGCCGAAUGCGAGAACGACAACCUCAGCACCGCAUCUGGUGAUACCGAGCCGGCCUCGCUCCAAGCUGCUUUGGGCUUAGAGUCAAACUCCCUUUCUCAGCCAUCAGUCUUUGGUCCCACCUUCGACAACGGCCGCCCGACACCACCCCGUUAUAUGGUCACGAGUGCAUUGGAUUCGACUAUUCGGCUCUGGGAAACCACCACUGGUCGGUGCCUGCGGACAUUCUUCGGGCAUCUGGAAGGCGUCUGGGCCCUCGCUGCCGAUACCCUUCGAAUCGUGACCGGUGCCGAAGACCGCAUGGUCAAGAUCUGGGAUCCGAGAACAGGCAAAUGCGAACGCACGUUUACCGGUCACUCCGGCCCAGUCACAUGUAUUGGCCUGGGUGACAGCCGCUUCGCCACUGGCAGCGAGGACUGCGAAGUGCGCAUGUACAGUUUCCAGAGCUAAUUUGUGUACAUCUGGUUGUUCAUCUGUUUUGGUUUUCUUUUCCCCUUUCGAUCUUCAUGACCUUCCCGUUUGCAGUGUUUGGCGCAUUUUGCUCUUUUGUACGGA